UGCUCCGGGCGCCGCUUCCAGACCGCUGAGGAGGUGGCCCAGGAGGAGCAGCCUCCAUGAGCUCCGAGAUCGGGGCCCCGGUGCCUCGCAGCCCGGCCUUGAUGAGCCAGCCGCCGCCGCCGCCGCCGCCGCCGCCCUCGGCCCUGGAGUCGUCCAGCAACAGCAGCAGCCACGCCAGCAGCACCAGCAGCAGCGGCAGCAGCAGCGCGGCGUCCACGUCCGCGCCGUCCAAAGCCAAGAAAGCCAGCUCGGGGCUGCGGCGCCCGGAGAAGCCGCCCUACUCGUACAUCGCGCUGAUCGUGAUGGCCAUCCAGAGCUCGCCGUCGAAGCGGCUGACGCUGAGCGAGAUCUACCAGUUCCUGCAGGCCCGCUUCCCCUUCUUCCGCGGCGCCUACCAGGGCUGGAAGAACUCGGUGCGCCACAACCUCUCGCUCAACGAGUGCUUCAUCAAGCUGCCCAAGGGCCUGGGCCGGCCCGGCAAGGGCCACUACUGGACAAUCGACCCAGCCAGCGAGUUCAUGUUCGAGGAAGGCUCCUUCCGACGGCGCCCGCGGGGCUUCCGAAGGAAAUGCCAGGCGCUCAAGCCCACCAUGUACCACCGCAUGGUCAACGGGCUGGGCUUCCUCCCGCAGGGCUUCGACUUCCAGGCGCCGCCAGCCGCCCCCCUGGGCUGCCACCCCAACGGCUACAACCCCCUGGACGUGAUGCAGGCGGGCGCCGCCUACGAGGCCCACCACGUCCCGCACAUGUCGCCCAACCCAGGCUCCACUUACAUGGCCAGCUGCCCGGUCCCGUCCAACGGCGCCGACUACGGGCCCGACAGCAGCAGCAGCCCCGUGCCCUCCUCGCCGGCCAUGGCCAGCGCCAUCGAGUGCCACUCGCCCUACGGCAGCCCCGCGGGACACUGGACCUCCUCGGCGGCCUCGCCCUAUCUCAAGCAGCAGGCCCUGCCGCCGCCCGCCGCCGCUGCCCCCGCGGGCCUCCACUCCGGAGUGGCCUCUUACUCGCUGGAGCAAAGCUACCUGCACCAAAAUGGCAGGGAAGACCUCUCAGUGGGGCUGCCUCGCUACCAGCAUCACCCUUCGCCGGUGUGCGACCGGAAGGAUUUCGUCCUCAAUUUCAACGGCAUCUCUUCCUUCCACCCGUCCGCCAGCGGCUCCUACUACCACCACCACCACCACCAAAGCGUCUGUCAAGACAUCAAGCCCUGUGUGAUGUGAACCACGGACUUGUCCGCCUUAUCGACAGAAGGGGGGAGGGGGGGUUUCGAAAGAUUCGCUCCAACCACACCCGGCAGGCGAACACGCGCGGAAGACGCCAACCACCUACUGGCACUCUGCGCAAACAUCCGUCAGUAAGUACAGUGCACCAGUCACGUAAGCAAAGCUACAUAAGGAAGCAGCACCGAGUGGAGUUUCUCCCCCCCCCACGCACGCACACACGUUCACUACACACGCGUGUUCUGCUUUGAUCUUGUGAAACGCGCUCUUCAGCAGGCUUCCUCGGAAGCAAGUCCCCUGCCUGAGUUCAACGGACU